AUGGGUCAAUCAAUAAUUCGACCUGGCUAUAGAGACAACCGCAACAUAAGCAGUAUUGGCUUUAGUUUCAAAGCAUGCAAACUCUGCUAUUGCUUGAAUGGUUUAGUCGAGUGUGGUGCAAACAGGAAAUCCGGGCAGCAAGCCUUAUCCGGCGUCAGAUUCCCGCUGCUUGUCUGCUUUGUGCAAGCUCGCGUAUCGAUUUCAGGCAUGGUAUGGGCUGUUCCAAAGAAGGCCAGGGCGGGCGACGUAGCGAGCCCCAAGACCGAAUGGCAAUAUCCCUGCGACCAAAGCAUUCUGCUCUUCUCGCCUUCUUGUGAGAACUGUGGAGCUGAUCAAGCGGGUACAAGACUCCUAACCAAUAAUCUUGUGGAGUAUUCGCGAAGAAGACGUCCCAGAAGUGCUCCGGUUGAACCGUUUGGUAAUGUCGCCCGCGAGGAGACUUGGGCCCCGAUCACGUGA